AACAGGUUGUUUCGCGCCCUGAAUACAAGCCAUGGAAAGUAACUCGGGAGGGGAAGAAUUGUGUUUUUAUGAAAUUCUGGGGGUACCGCCCGCCAGCUCCACUGAUGACAUCAAACAAGCGUACCGGCGAUUAGCGCUUCAGAUGCAUCCCGAUCGUAAUCGUGGCAAUGAGGAAGAAGCGCGGCAGACGUUCGUGCUUAUUGGAGAGGCCUACGAGGUGUUGAGCGACCCGGAGCGACGUGACGUUUACGAUCGCUUUGGGCGCCAGGGACUGGCAGCUCAUGAUCAAGGUCGCAAUCCUGCCGAUUCAUCCCCUCGUGGUCCAGGCGGUAGUCGGGGAAGCGGUGUGGAGGAUUUCUUCUCUUCCGCAGGGCAUCAUUUCCAUCGUGACGCCACCUUCGGAUUCCCACAUGCGCAAGAAAUAUUUGACGCUUUUUUCUCUGAAGAACGCGUAGGUUCCGGGAAUGGGCGAGGCAACUUUCCCUUUGGGUUUGGCGGGGAAGGACUUGCCCCGAGGACAUCCUUCUUUUCCCCCCCAUUUUUCGGCGGUGCCAUGCAGCAGCAGCAGGGAUUUGGCUUUCGUCCGUUCUCUUUCGCUCCCUUCACAGACUUCGAUGAAGGGGGAAUUUUUCAGCAGCAAUUCCAAAGCAGUAGCAGCACCAGCGGUCGCAACGGCUUUUCCAUGAGUCAUAGCAGUAUCGGUAACACCCGGAGCAGCAGUAGCAGUAUGACAGGUGCCGGUGGUGCGAUCAGCAGCAUGUCUUCAAGUAUGACCAGUCAGGAUAUGGGCAGGGGCACGAGGCGGUCUGUAAGGACUGUAACGACAGUGGGAGCGGGUGGUAGGAGUCGAACCCGGAGGGAGACAACCGUGAGCUACCCGGAUGGGCGGUGCGAAACGACAGUGGAGGAGCAGGAAGCAACCCCGAGUCCUGAUACAGAUGCCCAUACGAGAGGAGGAGGGUCCGGAAUGUACUAUCUUCAACAGCAGCAUCAACAACAGCAAGGUAGUAGCAGAGGAUGGAUGUGAAGAGAUGUCUUCUACCGAAAAUGUCAAUGAGGGGAAAAGAAUAGACGGAUGAUGAGCUCUCUAAACAAUGGAGGUUAUUCGUGAAAAUCAACUUGCCCCCACGUUAUAACAGAUUAUUUGCUUUGGAAAGAUCUG